CAAACGACACGUACCAACUUCAGCAGACUACCUCCGGACUCCGAAACCGCACCUUCACUGUUCCCCGCCUACCGAAAGGGCGAAAACCAACCCCAUCUCUUCCAGCUCCACCAUUUCCAAAGUUCCCCCACUAUUAAUCCAAAAUUAAAUUAAAAAAUAUACUAGAAAAUGGCUUCUCAUGACGGCAAAGACGACGUUCUGCUUCGCCGUCGUCCAAUUCUUCUGCUAUCACUUCAACAGAACCCAAGGCGCAAUGUCUUAUUUCUCUUCAAUCGGAGUGGAGGAGCUCAGUGGUUCUGUAGCAGAACCGAGUCAGCUCGGACCGAGUUCGGCUCAGAAAACGCGUACGAGGUCCUAGGUGUUUCCGAAACCAGCUCAUUUGCCGAAAUCAAAGUGUCUUUCCACAAAUUGGCGAAGCAAACUCACCCGGACCUCGCCGAGUCGAAGACCGAUUCCGAUGCUUCUCGCCGAUUCGUGCAAAUCCUCGCCGCCUAUGAGAUUCUUUCGGAUUGCGAAAAGAGGGCCCAUUACGACAUGGACCUGUUAUCUCAGAGAAAGCUUGUGCAGAAACAUUCUGAGCAUGUCAUGACAUUCAGCAUGUAUAAGGGUCAUCUAAGUACAUAUAAGAAGAUGGAAGUUGUUGAAUGGUUGAAGUGGUAUAGACUAGCUAUAAAUGAUGUUUUGUCAGAGAGGAGGGUGGUGGUUGGUACAGGUUAUUUUGAUGUUCUUGAGAGAGAUUUCUAUUCAGCCAUACAUGCGGCUUACUAUGGCCCUCUGAUAGAGUCUAUGGAGCUUCUUCCGGACUGCUUCGAAGCUGAAGAGAGGUCUGUGUAUGAAACUCCAGAGGUGCUGCAUUUGGUUUCAGGGCGUGAUCUUUUUGGGAUGGUCCGUCUGGGCAAUAAAAUUCCAGAAUUGUCAUAUUACAACAAUAUGAAAUUGAAUUAUUCCACAUCUGCAGGUUUGGGAAUUUGUCAUUCUGUUGAGGACUCUAGCAUCAGCAAGAACUCUGGUGGUGUUGAUGAUGUUGGAAACGCAAAUACAGAAACUUGGGAUAUCAAAAAUGACCCAUCAGAUGCAUAUAAAGAUUUAGAAUUGCAUCUAUGUGGAAUGGUGGUUGCUACAGCCACCAGAGUCCCUCCAAAAAACAAUUGUGAUGGGAAACAGAAUCAAGAGUCUGAUCGCAUUCAUGUUUUUCUCAGCUGUAAUGAAAAUCCUGUGCAUACCAACAAAGGGUUUUCUCAAGAUUCAUUUUUAGGUGGUGCCAUUGGAUCAAGGAUUCUGUUGGGUACAAUAACAGGAUUAGGGACUAGCUCAGAGGAAGGGUCCUGCUUUGUCUACAAUAGCAGUGGUUUGAAAACCCAUGUGAUUAUGAAGCAUAGAACAUUGCUGGUGAAACACUUGUAUUGGUAUGAAUUGGGAGAAAAUGUUUCUGUUUGUGAGUGCAGAUGCAGUAGAGCUCGGUUGCCACCAAGCAAAUUUUGGCUGUUUGAGCCUCGCUGUGGCAUGCAUGACAUAGGCGGUUGGUAUAUUGAAACAUUUGGUAGAGAUAAGAAAGGCCGCAUGUUGCCAUCUCAACGAUAUUGGGAUGGCUUUGAUGCUGGAAAACAAUUUGAAAAGAGACUCCAUCCUGCGAUGUAUCUUCUUGCUCUUGCAUAUAGAACUUUAGAUCUUGAAGAUGCACAAAGAAGGAAAAAUACAUUCAGGGAUGUCGUUGACAGACGACUUUUUAAAAUUCUCAAUUGGUGCAAAAGACUUAUUUAGGAGGUAUACUAGUCGGGGAAUUACGCUUGUGUGUUCCUCCAAGUAUUCAACAGUGCUUUGCUCUAAUCUGGCGUCAGAAAGCUUAGACUGCAGCAAUAAGUACAAAAUCGAUGGUUCUAUAUCCUGCUAUCAGUUUUUACCAUGAACAUAUAUUGAAGGCCGUUUGUCUUGACUUUGCAGAGCUUGUCUGGGAGGGAUACCGUUUGAGCUUAACUUAUAUUAUGAUAUGGCAUAGCUAUUUGUAUCCAUGAUCACAAAUGGCUCUUGGCAUAUUGUUGAAGGCUACAGCUCAUAACCAGUGCUAGAAAGUUGUUUGCAGGGGAUACUGUUUAUGGACUUACACAGUUACACUAACUUGGUUGAUCUAUCUUUGGGGGUGGAAUGCUUGAGUUCUGACAUCGGAGGCUCUGCUUCUUAUUUCUCAAAAAUGCCACUGGUCAAGGUUGUUUGGACGCCAAGUAUGACUGGCACUUAUUUUCCAGAUAUCAUUUCUAGUUGUUUCCACAGCUGUUGUUCUGAUUCCUGAAGCUGUUCUCAAGAAUUCUUGUCUUAGGCGAGAAGAGCAUGCAUUAGAUACAUCUCAACUUCGUGAGUCCAGUGACUGAAGAGUUAUGGUAUUUAAUGUGCCUCACAUAGCAAAUGAUAUAUAUAAUACAUUUUUCUUUUUUU